GGUAUGCAACGCAAUGCAUGAUCAAGAUUCCUUUUAUUUUUCUAGCUUAUACUUUUGAAGACUUUGGUGACAUGCUGACAAAAGAGAAGGAAACAGAACUUGGUGCCAUCUGACCAAAUGAUUGCUGCCAGGUUGUUAUCUCAAAGGCAAUCAGGUAACAUGCAUGAUGGGAGGUGUCUUUCCAAUGAGCUGGUGGCAUUCUAGAGCUCACCGGCCGGGAGUCUUGCUUGGACCUGCCAUUGCUAAUCCACUGCAAACGCAGCAGAACUACUAGGUUUUCCAUGGGAGCCUGCACCUGGAACCUGGAUCACACAAGAGUUGAGAGAUGAUAUCUGAUUGAGUGGUGUGCUCAAUUCUAGGUGCUUGAACUGCAGAUUAGAAAAAUAUCAUACCUAGGGAUGCAAGUCCAGUGGUCUCGCCUGGUUUAAAUUCCAUCCUAGUUUGAUUAUAUACCGAACUUCAAUGUUUGUCAAACAAUUUUACUAGAACGGGUCAAUGGGCCUACCUGGCCGACGCAAUUGCAUCCCUAACCAUAUACAUGCUGACGAUUCAAAUUUUAGGAUAGCCCAGUAUAGUGUCUCCCUGUUGUCAGACUCGGUCUGCUUUCAAGAAAGAAAAACAGUUGGGAAUGGAUGCAAUGUCGUCUGAAGAAUAUGCUUCUCAGUCCAAGUUACUGCAAGAAUUCACCAAUGUCCCAAGCAUUGAAAGUGCUUGGCUUUUCAAAACCAACAAUGAAGACAGAUCCACAGCAAUGUUUUCCAUUAGUCAACCAGACAUGCUGGCGAACAAGAAGAGGAAAUAUAUUUUGCAUUCUCACAUUGUGACACAUGAUGGAACCAUGCCUCUCGAGUGCCAUUGGUCUCCUUUCCCUAUUGAAAUGACCGGAGUGUCGGCUGUCGUUCCAUCCCGUUCGGGGUCGAAGCUUCUGGUGGUGCGGAACGGGGAGAAAGGUUCGCGCACAAGACUUCAGAUUGUGAAUCAAUCGCAUGUGGAGAAAGAGAUACAUGUUGAUCAGUCUAUCCAUGGUCCACUUUAUACCGAUGAGUGGUUUCAAGGGAUUUCCUGGAACCAUGAAGAGACCUUCAUAGCAUACGUCGCUGAACAGCCACCUCAACCGAAACCAGUUUUCGACGACGCCGGAUAUAGAAAGGAAAGCUCUUCUGAGGAAGACUGUAAUAGCUGGAGAGGGCAGGGGGAUUGGGAAGAGGACUGGGGUGAAACUUACUCCAGAAAGGGGAUACCCUCGUUGUUUGUUCUUGAUAUUGCUAGUGGAGAAAUACGUGCUGCUAGAGGCAUUACAAAAUCAAUAAGUGCUGGUCAAGUUGUUUGGGCUCCGCCAUCUUCAAGCGGCCAUCAAAAGCUUUUGGUCUUCGUCGGCUGGUUAGAACACAACGGAUUUCAGGGCACCGCUAGAAAACUCGGCAUCAAGUACUGUUCUAACAGGCCAUGUUCUCUCUAUGCAAUUCAUUCCCCUUUUGAAGAAGAACCAAAUGCGAAUAACGCGUCGGUUAGUGGUAGUGAAUCAGUAUCUGCUUCAGUAGCAACCAACUUAACACCAGGCAUGAGCAGCGCUUUCUUUCCACGGUUCAGCAAGGAUGGAAAACUCCUGGUGUUUCUAUCUUCCAAACGUGCAGUAGAUACUGGAGCGCAUAAUGCCACAGAUUCGCUGCAUAGAAUCAACUGGCCUUCUGAUUGGAAAGCAGAGCAACAACUCAGCGUGACCGAUGUGGUUCCUGUCGUAAUGUGUCCUCAAGAUGGAUGUUUUCCUGGUCUAUACUGCUCAUCCAUGCUGUCUGAUCCUUGGCUUUCUGAUCAUUGUACGAUGGUAUUAACAUCUGCUUGGAGAAGUACUGAAGUGAUACUGUCAAUAGAUGUGUUAAGUGGGGAAGUAACCAGAAUAAGUCCAGAAGACUCAGAUUACUCAUGGAGCGCCCUUGCAAUAAAUGGCAACAAUGUCCUCUCUGUGUCAAGUAGUCCCAUCGACCCUCCUCAAAUUAGGUAUGGUCGUCGAGCAUCAUCAACAGAGGAUCAUGAUGGCCAUUGCGCAUGGGUUUGGGACGAAGUUAUGAGUCCGUUGACAGCAGCCAGUGACAAGGCAAAGGCUUUGUUAUCUGAUCACAAGUUGAGCAUACUCAGAAUCCCGGUCCCUGACCCCUCUGGUGAACUCUCCGACGGUGGUCGGCUUCCAUUUGAGGCCAUCUUAGUGUCCUGUGAGGAUAGUUCACAGAAACCAACUGUUUUAAUCCUUCAUGGUGGCCCACACUCAGCAUCUGUAUCAAGCUAUUCAAAAUCAUCGGCGUUUCUCGCGUCACUUGGGUUUAACCUGCUCAUUGUAAAUUAUAGAGGUACGCUGGGCUACGGAGAGGAGGCUUUGCAAUCACUCCCUGGGAAGGUUGGAUCUCAGGAUGUCCAAGAUUGUCUUGCGGCGCUAGACCACGCGAUCGAGGAAGGACUGGUGGAUGCAUCCAAGGUAGCGGUUGUCGGGAUCUCGCACGGCGGCUUCUUGACAACCCAUUUAAUUGGCCAGGCUCCUGAGAGAUUUGCUGUGGCGGCGGCUCGAAACCCCGUCUGUAACCUGUCAGUGAUGAUUGGCACCACAGACAUCCCAGACUGGUGCUACGCCGUGGCCUGCGGGACUGAAGCGAGGUGUCUCGCCUCUGAAUCACCUUCACUUGAUCAUCUUCGCAUCUUCCACCAGAAAUCACCAAUUGCCCAUAUUUCAAAAGUGAAAGCGCCUUUGCUUAUGCUUCUCGGAGGAGCGGAUCUCCGGGUACCCGCCUCUAACGGCCUACAGUAUGCAAGAACUCUGAGAGAAAGAGGGGUCGAGGUAAAAACCAUCAUGUUCCCAGAGGAUACGCACGAAAUCGAUAUACCGCGGUCCGACUUUGAGAGCUUCCUCAACAUGGGAGUCUGGUUCAAGAAAUAUCUGAAAGAAAGCUGAGCCAGAGAUUUUGAGAGCUUCCUCAACAUAGCCAGAGGACUUCAAAGCUAAUUGACGAAUUUGUCUUUUUGUGAGGCGACUAAAUAUUUUUUAGAACCGACAACAAGUAUAUAUUUCCCCCCCAAUAAUGAGCCUAAAGAGGUUGAUAAAAAUGAACAGCAUCAGUCUAGUUCUUGGUUGACGCAGCCUGGCAAUUGUGACAUUGGAUUCUGUUUGUGUAGUAGGCCUCUGGCCUACAGGAUCAAAAUGAACAAAACCUUUUUUUUGUGCA